GCCGCAGUUAAAAUGUCUCACUACCACAUUGAAAGGAUGGAACAUGAUUAUGAAAUCAAUGAUGUGGAGGAUGACAUGGAAGAAGAAUUUCAUAGAAAGGGGACGGGAUACUCGGAAUCUGAUGAUGAUGAAUAUAUACACAUUAAUUUCAUGCAGAAUGGUGGAAUAACAGAUACUUCAUCAACACAAGCAAGAAAAGGGAAGGACAUACAAGGGAUUCCCUGGGAUAGGCUAAGUAUCACUAGGGCCAAGUAUAGGCAGACUAGACUAGAACAGUACAAAAAUUAUGAGAAUGUUACCAAUUCUGGAGAUGCUUCUGCAAAGGGAUGCAAGCCAACGGAGAAAGGAAGGAUCUAUUAUGAGUUUUGGCGCAAUACAAGGUCUGCUAAAUCUACUAUUCUUCAUUUUCAGGUAAUGAAAAGUCAUGCCUAAUUUAGGACUCUCCACGUGCUUUUUCCAAAAAAUAAUUUGGUAUUUUUGUUACUUUUAGAUGGCACUUCGAUUAUAGCAGUUUAUUGCAGUUGAUGUUUGGUAAUGUAUUUCUAUAUAUAUAAAAUUCAGUUGCUUCUUGUUGUGAAAUUUCUUGAACUAUGUUGUAAUAAAUAUAUCUUUAAAUCUCCAUAUGAUCUAACAUCAUCAAAGUAUCUGUGAUAUCUUAUAUUGUAGGUACAUGUGAGAAUUUUCUGAUUAACUUUGGUGCAUGUCUUUCUAAUUAUUCAUUAUCAUCAGCAUAAUCAGUAGCAUUCCAAUUAUUUGGGUCUGGUUUUGUGGAUUAUGCUGUACUAUUUAUUCCUAUUAAGUGUUGUAAGAGUUGUUUCAACAUAUUAUUUGCAAAUCUUUUUGAAUUGCUUCUCUACUUGUUGUCUUAGAUAUAUUAUUUAUCCUUCCUAAAUCUUCGAUAUUAAUUUUAUCCAUCCAUCUGAUUGAUUCAGUUUUACCCUUCAUUGUUUAUUUUUGAAGUACCUAAGUGUAAUAGACUGAGCAUGAUAUUACGUGCAGAUAUCUAAAUUAGGGCAGACUGUGCAUUGAAUAAAUAAACACACUUCAUAUAUCAGAAUGAAAAAUAAUAGAUUUUUCUCAAGCCUCCCAUCAGAAAUGUAUUCUUAUGACUCUCGUGUUGGCAUAUCAAAAAACAAGUCUUAUGACUCCCAAUGCCCAACACUAUAAUAAAAGGUGCAUAUAACACCAUAUCAGAAUUUCGUGUGCCUUUAGCACCAUAAUAGUACUUCCCCUCACACAUCAAAUCUCAUUAGAAUCUCACAUUUCAAGAAGAU